CAGGUGAACGCUGUGUCAUUGCUUCGUUGACUAGAAGAUCUUACCUUACCCCCUUCCCGUCAGAUUACAAUUUCUAGGGUUUCUUAUUUACGCCACUUCAUUCUUGUGUUGUUCGACUUCAAGAUCUGUCGAUUCAUUGACAGAAAGAAGUGCGACUGGUUAAGCAAAUCGUUAAUAUAAAGAGUCUGGCGGUCAAAGAUGGCAUAUAGGAGGAAGCAGCAACUCCCGAGGAGGCCAUUGGCAUCGGUACCUGGUGAAUCUGACUAUGAAGCUUCAACAACAGCUUCUUCUUCUUCCUCUUCUUCUUCUUCUUCUUCUUCUUCUUCCUUGGCAGCCAAAGCGAUCAGAGCAUCUUCUGCUCGCAUGGACUCUUCACUUUCCUCCGCUUACGCCGCCGCUCCUCCGUCGUCUUCUCCUUUCGAGGAUUCUAGGUCUAGUGACGCUGAUUCAAUGAAACAUUCUACCGAACCCAAGCAUGGAUUUUGGGGAGCUUUGGCUAGGAAAGCUAAAUCCAUUAUAGAGGACAAUAAUGUGUCACAUCAACAGGAGACUCCAGAGGGGGAGGUGAAUCCACAAAUGGCGGAUAAAAAUGUAGGGGACAGGCAGCAUGGUCAUUCUCAUCAAUCAUAUCGGAGUCGGCGAAGAUCGGAGAAUCCAGCCUUACAGAAAGGACUAGAUGCAAUUGCUUCCUCUCUUAAUUAUAUUGGUGGUACCAUUGGUACUGUUGUGGAGGAGGGCCUUACUAUUGUGGAGAACAGAGCAGCUGAAAUAAUUCAUGAUACAAGCAAGACCAUAAAGAAAAAGCCCAGCAGAUUUGAGGAACAUGAUCCUACAUAUGGCCAGCAUUGUCCAAUUCAACAAUCUCGAACUGAAGAUGAAAAGCAGAGUGAACAGGAAAUUCAAUUGAAGGCAUCCCGCGAUGUUGCAAUGGCCAUGGCUGCAAAAGCAAAGCUUCUUCUUCGGGAGCUGAAGACUGUCAAAGCAGAUUUGGCAUUUGCAAAGGAGCGUUGCGCGCAGCUUGAAGAAGAAAAUAAAAUGCUUCGGGAGAAUCGUGGACAGCUUGAGAGCCCCGAGGACGACGAUUUGAUACGACUUCAAUUGGAGACGCUUUUGGCAGAGAAGGCGCGAUUGGCACAUGAGAACUCGGUGUAUGCCCGGGAGAAUCGUUUUCUACGGGAGGUGGUUGAAUACCACCAACUGACCAUGCAAGAUGUCAUAUACCUGGACGAGACUUCUGAAGAGGUCAGUGAGGUUUACCCAACUAACAAGGUGUCUCUGCUAUCGAGUCGACCUGCUUCUGCUGCUCUUGCUGCAGCAGUGCCACCCUCUUCUUUCCAUAUGCCCCGUACCUCCUCCCAGCAUAGACAACAGCAGCCUACUGAUGCUCAUUCUCGUUCAUAGCCUCCAGCACAUUCUUUUACCUCCUGGUCUGCGGGGGCAGUGACUGAUACAUUCCGGUGGAUAGGAGGGUGAGCUGUAAUUAUUGUGAGCUUAUCCUGUACUGUACCUGAUGAUGCGCGGGGUGGCCUCUGUUGUAUUUCUGAUUUAUCAAUAUGCAAAUGAAGUCGGCAUUCCCUUUUUUUUUUUUUCCUCCUCCUAAAGAGGAUUAUGGCUUUGUUUGCCAUCUACAAUUUAUGGACUGCAUAUAUAGUUGUAGUACACUUUGGUGGUGCGUGUUUAUACCAGUUAAGUGUUUAAAUUA